AUGGCCGCAGAUCGCCAGACUAUUAUUGAAGUGAACCGAUCGCUUCGCAACAUCAAAAAUGAACUCGAGAACCUCCUUGAGCGAGGCGUAAUUGACGACUCCGUCUACGAUACCAUCAGCACCGCUCUCCCCGGCGAGUCCUCCCUCUCGGGCCCCCUCAAGACUGCGACCGGCAACAAGAACACCAACACCGCUGCUCCUAAAGCCGCUACUCCCGCACCGGCUGCCCACGCGCCUCCUACCAAGGCCUUCGAGGAUCUCAAAGUCAAGUCGCAUUCGCCCGCGCCACCCGCCUACGAUCAGACUCCUCCUCCCGGCCCUCCCCCACGCAACGUCAAGCCCACUGUUGCCAACGCCCGUGCCCUUUACCGCUAUGCUGCCUCCGACGGUCGCGACCUGUCCUUCGAGAAAGAUGAUCGUAUCGCUGUGUACGAGUACAUGAACCAGGAUUGGUGGAUGGGCCGAAACGAGCGCACAGGACAGGAGGGUAUCUUCCCCCGAAACUACGUCCUCGUCGACCAAGAGACCAAGAAACCCGUUGCACCUAUCCCGCAGCCUCAGUAUGGCUACCCUGCUUACUCGCAGGGUCCUCCUCCUCAACAGAACCCCUACAACUCGCAUGUGCCACCCAUGGCUGUCGCUGAGGGAUCUGGACAGCCGCAGGGACAGGAGGGAGAUGGCAAGGAUAACAAGGUCAACGAGUACGGCAAGAAGUUUGGUAAGAAGCUGGGUAACGCUGCUAUUUUCGGUGCUGGUGCCACUAUCGGAGGAAACAUCGUCAACAGCAUCUUCUAG